AUGGCCAAUAACAAUAACAAGAACGAAUAUCAACAUUUGGAGGAAGAAGAGGAAUACGUUCCAACCACCAAUAUUGGCAACGGUCCUACAGCCGUUACCUAUCAAUUGCCUCCACAACAACCAGGACAGCCUUUGCAAUACUUUUAUGUCGUUCAACCUCCUGUAUCUGCCGCUGAUCAACAAACACAUGGAGGCCAACAACAACCCCAACUCUACUAUCCUCAGGUGUAUUAUCCUCACUUGAUGGGACAACCACAGCAACAGCAACAACCAACCAGAUUGCCUCCACUUCCUCAAGUCUCGCAACCACAACAACAUGCUGUUCCUAACCAAAACAAUUAUGCCUAUCCAACUACUACUCCUACCCACAGUGGUAGCGGUCAAAUUCCAAUUACUCAGGAAUCCUACGUUAACGUACAAGGAGUGGAACCUAUUCUCGUAUUGUUGUGUAGCUUCCUCAUGCCUGGUCUGGGUCAUCUCAUCAUUGGUAUGCAAUCAAAGGGAGCUGUUUACUUUAUUGUCAACUUUAUCAUGGGUAUCAUCAUCGCUGCCACUUCAUGGAUCUUUGUAGGAUUGGCAUUCAUUCCUUUUGUUUUCGUUUAUUUCAUUUUGAUCAUGAUUGAUAGCUAUGUUCUUGCAGAUCGAUUGAAGAAAGGUUAUCCUGUAUUGAAAGGAGAAUGUUAUUUCAGAGUUACAUCAUGGGGUGUCUCCUUGUUGGAAAAGAAGUCUCCUGUCUUUGUUCAUGGUGUCGAUGAACCACUAGAAUGGCAACAAAAGUGUGAACAAGUGAGAAGACAACUCAACCUUUAA